AAAAAUAAAAUCCAAAUAUUCUUCGUUCGCAUUUGAUUUCCAUGUCGCAUCCCACGAUGAAGUUAACUUCCACGCAACUCGAUUAAAUUAAAAUAAUAUAAUCGAGUUUAUAAUUGAAGGCAGUUGAUUCUUAUUCAAUGGCCGAAUUAACUUCACCAUGCGACCCUCAUUGCGAAAAGUAGUAGCCUCCGCAGUUCGAGGACUGCAUACAGCAGCCCCUCCUUCAAGAUCACAGCCAAUAUCACAGCCAAGGUUACGGCAAUGCUUCCAUCAAUCCAGUCUCGUCUCUCAAACCGUUUCUCAAACCUGGAAGCGUAGCUACAAUAAUUCCAAUAAAUUACUUUCAAACUCUACGAAGGAUGAAGGAUCUACAACUCCCCAACACAACGCCACCGACGGUUCGGAAUCCCAGCAGCAAAGUCCAACAACGGCCUCCAAGCGAAAACCCAUUCGCGUCUCAGCGGCAAAAACUUUGCGCCUAGGAUUGACCACUAAGCCGCCUCAGCGUGCUCCAAUUACAAGAAAAGAUACCAUUGGUUCCGACGUGGACUAUCACCGAACUAUAACCUCCAUAUGUGUUGCCCAGUCUUUUGAUAUGGAAGCCGUGCAAGAAAUAUUGCGCUUCCACGCCUUUGAAUUGGAUCCUGACGGUACCGAAUUUGAUCCUACGGGGGUUGUACAUGCGAGGGGUAUCAAUAACGGAGACAUAUUUGUCUUCCCCUCCGGAACCGUCGUUGCUUGGUCUGUACCUACCGACGCCCUCAUGACCCUUGCUACCAAGCAACUAAUCCGAGCCGCUCAACUGCCCCAUCUCAACCGCCUCGAGAUGGAAGAGCUCGAAUUCAUACCGGAUGAGACUCGCGAUACUAGCUUUAUGAAGGGCGAAAUUGUCGUUUUGGGAACGAGGGCGCAAGAGCUGGAGAACCGCAGAUUAGAUACGACCCUUGCUAAGAUCGCCUUCUCGAGCGGUCUAGCCAGGAGUCCUAAGUUGGCCGUACUCGAAAACCAGGCCAUCGACUAUUUUGAAAAUUCCAAAGACAGUCUUGACUUUCUCGAGGGAGGCCUAGAGCACAAGCUCAAACGCAGCACCGUCUUGAAGAUGACUGGCAAGCUCCUUACUCUGAGGUCGCAGCUGAACCACUACUCCGACAUAACGGACCAGCUUCCGGACAUGUUCUGGGAUUCAGAGUCGAAUUUGGAGAAUUAUUAUAAUCAAAUCAGCACUGUUCUGGAUAUACGGCAGCGGAUCGGGAUUCUGAACAAGAAGAUCGACUACGGGUUCGAGAACGUAAGCGUUCUGAGAGAGAUGGUCAGCGAAAAGUACGGCCACCGACUGGAGUGGAUUAUCAUAUUCCUCAUCACUGUCGAAGUCUUAUUCGAACUGAGAAGGGUAUACCAUGAGAGCACAAGCGAAGCAAAAUCAGACUAGAUCUGGAAAUGUUCUGCGUGUCUUGAUAUGUGAAGAGGGCCAGUGAGAGAACACCGCUCAAUCCAUGCUUUAUAACAUACGAAAAUGCAACGCGCGCUGUACGAGCCAACGUACGUGUCCCCUGUAAGUCAUUAGCAAAAGAUACCUAACACGAGGUUAACCACUUGUUAGGGUCAUUGUGUAAUUUUUCAUGAGCAUGAGCGUAAGCUCCCAGAGGUAGUUAGUUAACAAUGGGCUUGGUAAACUAGGAGACGAUAAUAUA